AUUGGACAUCCGUACGCCGCACACCAUGCCAGCAUAGGAAAAAUAAAAAUAAUACUCUCUCUCUAAAUUCAUUCUUCCAAAGCUAUCUGAGAAAACCCUCUUUUUCUCUCUCUACAUCCAAAGCCAUUUGACCCGUGGACGAUUCGAUCCGCUGACCGACCGGAGGUUGCACAGUCUAAAUCUGAACCUAACUAAUUUAGCGCUGAAGAGAAACCAGUAUGAUUUCAAUCAAAGUGUAGAUCUAGAAGAGUUUCUGAAACCCUCUCAAAUCUGGCUACUUGACUUGUAAUAGCCUCGAAGCUGCCGAAAUUAGCGGAAUAAUAAAAGGAGAGGCGUAAAAGAAGCAAAACCUUAUAUGACUUGUUCAAAGCUGUGCUUUGCCGAUAAGUCCAUGGCAUUCUUCUGUUAGUUAAAACAGGGGACGGGGCUGUUCAUCCAGCGCAUUGAAUUUGGAGCUGGAUUUGUCAUCGAUAAUGGGGUUUGUUUGAGAUUCAGGAGAUGAGAUUGAAAGAUGCGAUCAGUAAAGUUGUCCUUUAGGCUAAAUUGGCCUGCAGGACCUAUUAAAGUGUAUAUAUAGAAUAAAAACAAAGGAGAUUGAUUUUAAUUACAUCCAUGAGGUGAAAAUAGUGUAUGGGAUCACAAAGCAACAGCAACAUUCUGAUGCAGGUUUAUGAAAUUGAAAGCUACACAAAGAAUUGUUCAAGGACAGCUAGAUUAAAUUUGAGACAUUGCUACUUCUUUCUGAAGAGUGGAUCUUCUAUUCUUUUAUCUGGUUAGAAGUUCUCCAGGCUUAUGCAAAGAUGCAAGACUCAAUGUGUUGGUGUGCCUGUCAAUGAUGUUAUAUGGGUUCUCAGUUUUAAAGCAAUUUCUCCAGGCUUUGACUGAUUGCCUUGAUUAUGGAGGGAGGUAGUGAAGAGACAGCUCAAAUUCUGCCUUCAGAAAAUGGAAACUCAAUGUCUACACUGCGUAAGGAGCCUUCAUUUUCAAGAUGGUGUUUCGACACCCCUUUGGAAGAGGCCAUCUUGAAUUCACGUCAGUCUGUGGACUUGAAUGAUGGAGACUCUGGCUUUGAAUUGCCUCUUUUGAGGCCCCAGGAUGAGGACACUGCUGCUGCAUCUGAAGAUACCAGUAGGGAAACAGAGAAUUUAAAUGGUAUGAGACAGAGAAGCCUUUCAAUGACAGAAAAGGGAGAUAAUUGUGCAGGUGGUAGGGAGGAUCUGAAUGGGAACAAGUCUGGCCCAGGUAUUUUUAGCAUUGAAUACAAAGAGAAUGGGGUUGGAUCAAUUAAGCUGAAGGAUUUUGAUGAAUUGGAAACAAAGGUUGGCGAAGUUCCAUUGAAGGAUUCAAAUAUCGGUUCUCUGCUAUUUUCGUUGAUUCGGCCAUUUGUCUAUAUUAUAUUGUGGUAUACUUUCAGUACAUGCCUGACACUGUAUAACAAACUUCUGGUAGGGGAGAAGAUGGGAAAUUUCAGUUUGCUGGGGGAGAAGAUGGGAAAAUUCCCCGCACCCUUACUCAUGAAUACAAUUCACUUUUCAAUGCAAGGUCUGGUGUCAACUAUAGUUGUACGAUUUUGUUUUCCGGGAUUGCGGCCGCAGGCCAUGACAUGGAAAGAUUACUUUAGCCGGGGUGAGUUUAUCCAAGUUGGGUUGAUGAGAGUUGUAAGUUUAUGUACAGUUGUACCAACAGCUGUGGCAACUGCACUUGACAUAGAUCUUAGCAAUGUGGCUCUUAUCUUCAUUUCAGUGACCUUUUCAACAAUGUGUAAAUCCUCCGCUCCAGUUUUUCUACUCCUGUUUGCUUUUGCCUUCAAGUUGGAGACUCCAAGUUAUAAACUUCUAGGCAUCAUAUUUGUUAUAUCAUUUGGAGUUAUGCUGACAGUUGCAAAAUCAACGGAAUUUAAUUUUUGGGGAUUUGCCUUUGUCAUGAUGGCUGCUUUGAUGUCAGGUUUCCGAUGGACUGUAACACAAAUUCUUUUGCAGAAAGAAGAAUAUGGCUUAACAAACCCCUUUGCUGUGAUGAGUUACCUCACACCAGUUAUGGCAUUGAUAACUGCUAUUUUCUCUUUAAUAACUGAACCUUGGUCAAGUCUUUCUAAGACUCGCUACUUUGAUACUCGUCAACAUCUUUUUCAGAGCUCUUUGCUCAUGCUUCUUGGAGGAUCACUUGCAUUUUUUAUGGUGUUAACUGAAUAUCUUCUAAUAUCAGCAACUAGUGCAGUGACAUUUACUGUAGCAGGCAUAGUCAAGGAAGUUGUCACUAUUGUGGUUGCAGUUUUCUUCUUUCAUGAUCACUUUACGAUAUUAAAGGGUGUUGGACUUGCUGUUAUUAUUAUUGGAGUAUGCUUGUUCAAUUGGUACAAGUAUCAGAAAUUGAAGAAAAAUCCAUUGAAUGAAAGCAGCACUUUUAAUAUGGAUCAGAACAGAGUUCCUGCUAGAUAUGUAAUCCUGGAAGAUAUGGAUGAUGACGAAGGGACAGAAUCUGAAGCUUAUCGCGUGUAAUUAAUAUGUUCUUGAAGGACUCAAAAAACAGAAACUUUUUGUUGCCACGCUGUUGAUAGAAUGGGCUCUUGAGCGGAGUACCUGAUCUGUAUAUUAGUCGGACCUUGCAUUUGUAUUUAUUGAGUAUGAUAUGCAUUGAAAUUGCAAAACUGUCAAAUCACGAAUAAAGUACCAAAAACUUAAUGCCCUUUUUUGAUUCCUGUAGCCAUACCUGAAGCGGCAAGCAAAGGUGGCCAAUUUUAAUUUUUUCCCCUUGAAUUUAUGCAUUAUGGCAUUGAAAGAAUUAUUUUUCUUUGGUCAUUGUUUUCCAUUUCCCAAAUCCCUUUCCGGAAAAACACUCAUGCAUUUCUGAAGUUUCUUCUGUCCAGUUGCAAUUCUGAAAAGUUGAGCAGAAAACCAACAUAUGCAUGAUAAUGCAUCAUUGUUGGUUCAAGGGACCAUAGCCCCUUUUCCCUUUCCCAUUUAGCGAAUUAUCAAUGUAAGGGUGUAAUUUCAGAACUGUUUAAUAAUGAUUUCAUCGCAGUUCACGCUCCAGCCAAUGCACCUGUCGGAAACACUGUAUGUAAGAAUUUUUCAUAGGAGUGGAUGAAGAUUUUAAGAUCCAUCUCUUUUGAAAUGCCACCAUGAGGAAUUAAAAUUCGAAUUGUCAAAUCAAGUCGUGUGCUGUUUAAAUUUUUUGUUGGAAAUUGUAAUGAAGGAAAGUCGAAUUUGGGAUGCAACAUAAGGAGUCUGCCUUUAAAAUGAAAGUUGUAUAUGAAUGCAUGCUUGAAAUAUUAUCA